AUGGAAGAAGACAUUGAUGUCACAGCCCACACGGAGGUAACACUACCUCACCUUUGGACUCUUAAGUUUCUAAUCGGUAAUCUUGUUGGAGUGUUUUGGUCCACAGUAACUUAACAUCAUCAAAACAAAUUAACCUCUGCUGCUGAGCGCUUCAGUUCAAUGAAACUUCACGUUGUCUCACCAUAUCCAUAAUAACUUUCUCUUCCUGUUUGACUCUGUGGUACCAAUGAAACAUGCUGGAGCUCAUUUGUUUAAGUGUUUCUGUCACAUGUGUUUAACUUCAGGCCUAAGGUCAACCGUGCUGCCUCUGCUUUAGCUGUAAUCUCUGCUCUGGCUCGCUUUGGAUGUUGCCAUGGAGGCAGCUGACAGGGCACUUCCCUUAUCCCCAGCUUGGUUCUCUAGCCUCAACAUUACUCCUUCUCCUCCCUGGCCUUUAGCCUUGUGUUUUGCUCCUUCUGUAAACAGUAGGAUAAGUAUGUCCCCUCGCCUGGCUGGAUGCAGCCUAACAUGGCAGGGACGGUUAUCCUCAGAGGAGGUGCAGCCCUAAAGAGCCUCCUAAAGAGCCUCCUUCAUGCUUAAUGCGUGCGUCUACUUACAUGAGAGGUAUCACGACAAGUAAGAAGAAGUGUUUGGAUGAGGUCCAACUCUAAAAAGUAUUUAGAGUUUAGAUUUUGUUUAUUUUUUUUCACUUCCUGGAUGCCAGAACAAACAAAAAGUGACGCAUGCAGCCAUGUUGGAAAAAUGAAGGCUGCAGUGUUUUUACAUUCUGCACAUAUUUGAAUCAUCUGCUCUGUUUCUAAUCUCCUUUUAGGGCCUGAAUGGUUUGUCCCAUGAAUGUAAACCAUUAGAGGAAAUCACCAAUGGACACUCCAACCAUAAGCCUGUGAGUGCAGCAGCAGCAGCAGCAGCAGCAGCAGCAGCUAAGAAUAAGCUCUUAUUGAUCCUGUUUAAUGAGUUUUUCCUGGCCGCUCUUUUAUUUAGAUGUCGCCUCUCUAAACUUUUUAUUUCUCAGGUCAUGAAUGGACUGAUACCGAGUCACAAUGUCAGAGACCACACCAACGGCAGCGCACCACUCAGAUCCCUGCCGGUACUCACAUCUCUGUCCUCACUCACUCCAGUCAAUAUGAGACAGUUUGGUUUUAAAUUUGACGUUAAAUUUAUUUGUUGAUCUUUCAGAUUUCAGCGCUGAAGCAGAACGGUCUCCUGCAGACCCUGGCAGCCGGAGGGGACCAGCCUAAGCCUACAGGUAACACACCCAAACUCCCACAGCCUCUCAUUUGUCUCUCGCCUUCUUCCCACUGGAGUUUGUGGGUGUAUCCUAGAUACCAGGUGGGUGUUAGAGACACCCCUCCCCCAAGAGUGCAGGUUGCUUGGGUCUCUGUGACACACACAGGGAUCAGGUCUUUGAGUCAAGAAGGAUUUUUAACUAAGGAUGGGUGUUGGGCCUUUUGGCCGAGUAGAAACUCAUCUCUGUCUCAAUAAGCAGUAAAGAGAGAAUAUGAGGUGAAAGUGAAAGUUCAGGGGUGAAGGGUUUAGUCAGUUUAAUAUGAUAAAGUGACAGUCUGAUGAUAAAUAAAUACACUGCAGAGUCUCAGGGAUGUAAGUCUCGCAUCAUCUCAGCACUUUUCUCCAGGAUGGUGAACCGGUCUGUAGAAAUGUUCCUGUUUCUGUCCAGGAUUUCCAACGCAGACUCAGCGCUCGACAGUGCGACCGUUUCACUCUCAUUUAUGACUAAAAAUAGAUGUGUGCGAAUCAUAAAAUAUAUUUAGGGUCACAUGUGCGCUUAAAAAAAUCUGCCGAGGAAACAAAUGUUUUUUUUCCUGUAAAUACGGCGGUGAAGUUAGUUUCAGGUUGGAUAUAUUUUCCUGUAAAUACGGCGGUGAAGUUAGUUUUAGGUUGGAUAUAUUUUCCUGUAAAUACGGCGGUGAAGUUAGUUUUAGGUUGGAUAUAUUUUCCUGUAAAUACGGCGGUGAAGUUAGUUUCAGGUUGGAUAUAUUUUCCUGUAAAUACGGCGGUGAAGUUAGUUUCAGGUUGGACAUAUUUUCCUGUAAAUAAGGCGGUGAAGUUAGUUUUAGGUUGGAUAUCUGACGGACAUUCUCUGAGGAUCUACCGGUGUCUUCUCACUCUCCAUAACCGGGAAUAACAACAGCAGCGCGGUUAAAUCUACUUGACACCCUCACUGUCAACGUCGGUGUUGAAUAAGGGACCGUCAACAAAUUACCGGUUGAUGUUCUCAGAAAAGGCUGUUUUCCUUCAAUAGCUUCACUGUCAUGUGACCAAAAGACCUAAAAUUGAUUUCUAACAAUAGUACUUAUGUCCACCAAUAUGAGAAAUAUUAUUUGAUCAAUUUUCAUUGUUCUCCUAAAGCUCUUCAUGUGCUCCUCACUUUUUCAACUUUGGAGCACCUGUGAACAAAGUUCGUGUGAAGCCCUGAGACCGUCGAGUCGAUCCUGUGAAGACCUAAAGGAGUAAAAUGAAACUCUGUGUGUCACCUCAUACUGGAUCCACGUCCACCCAGACUCUGUUUUAUGUUUCCUAGAAUCUGAUGGUGGCUCAGACCAUCCCUCCUCCUCCUCCUUAUCACGCUCUGGAUCCAUCUGCCUGAUAGUUUUAUGAAAUCUGGCUGCUCUGUGUUUGACAGGAAACAUCUGAAACCUCCCUCUCUGGACUUGUUUUUUUUUUACUGAAUUGUCCUUUAAUGAGCGUCUCCACCAGAGGAACAAAUUUCACAAACUCCAUCCAAACACAGCUCACUUAUCUUAGAAAUAUCUAAUUCUGACUUUUCUCCACAGAGGAUGACGAUGAUGAUGAUGAUGAUGAUUUGGAGAAGGCGAGGCAGGAGUGGGAGGCUCUGGAGAACGUUCAACCAGGUGAGAUCCUCUCCGCUGUUUCACCUGUUCGUGUUUCUCCUUUUCUCUUUGUCGUUUAUUUUUAAUGUGAUGUUCUGCAGCUCUCACAGAGGACUCGAACCCGACCCCGCUCAUCUCCUUCAAUGAAGCCCUGCAGUACUUUCAGACCACAGACCUCGGGGACUUGCUGGUAAGGAACGCCACUUUGCACUAACUCUCUAACUGGCGCUCACGGCCCGCUCUAAAAUCGAAACAAGUCUAAAAGAUGGACGCCGUUAUGAGCGAACAUAAGAAAUGUGCGUGUUUAUUAAUACACAGGAUUUAAUGAUUUCAGCGUCAGUGUUUCUGCACAACAACAGAGUUAAAGACGAGAUUUUACGCUCAUUUCCAGGUUUUUCAUCGUCUUAAAAGUCAUAUAUUUGAUUUUAAAAAAUGUUCAGCGCCUCUGUGAAAGCACUCUGGAACUCUCCUCCACUGUUGCCAUGCUGUAGGUUUGUCACCACUGAGUUGAUUAAUGUUUCUAUGAAAUACGGCUCCAUGUUUUGGAUCCUAAAUCUUUCCUGGAAAGUUUGGAAAGACGCACAUCGACGGUUUGUUCCAGGUUUGAGUUCAGCCGUUAUUCCUCGUGUCACUUCCUGAUUUCUCCCCGAGUUUCCUCCUCCAUCCUAUCCUGUAUCCUCUCAUAUAAAGGUUAAAAAAACAACGACUAAUAAUUUAGAGAACCGGUGGGUUAGUGUUGACAUGCCCUCAUGAAGAGUUCUUCAGUCUGUUCGGAGCAGCCUGCAGUUUAAUCCUGGGAUCACUAAACACACAUUUACUUCACCAUCACAAACUCCGCCGAUGUUCAGUGUCGACAUCGAACAUGUUGAUCAGAAAAAAAGCAUAAAAGCAGGUCUUUAGAUCUCCAUAUAUCCACUCAUAAUCUAGAAAGACAUUAAAACUAACUGUUUCAUUGAGAAACAGGAAGUGAGGUCACCUGACAGUGAGUGAAAUAAAGACUUGACCAUGUGUACGUGACAGGGGAACACCAUCAGCGGGACACCAUCAGCGGCUCCUUCAGCUCCGAACAGACAGAUCUGACAGAUUACAGCCGAUUUAUCGUGUUAAUGGUGAUGUAAUUAUUUCUUUUGUCUGUAGAAGAACAUCCAACCCACCAUACGCAGGACCGGUCUCGCCGCCAUCACACACUUCCUGUUCGGACCUCCUCGGCUGCACAAAGAGCUCCUGGAGGAGAGGGAUCUGGUCUUCGCCAUCGCACAGUGUGAGUGUUGGUUCGCCGGGCCUGUUUGUCCGAUCGUCUCAGUUCUUCAGUUUUUAGAUUCGCCUGUUUGUGUGUUUUUUUUUUCUUCAGGCCACGUGGACAACAGCCAAACCGUCCACAUGCGUGUCCUCCAGACCAUUUAUAAGAGGCUGAUCGGCUGCAGGCUGGACUGUCCUCGCUUUGGGACACACUGGGAAAACAUCGGCUUUCAGGGUGAGACGGGUUUGGACCCUCGACUGUUUACAGACGAAGCAUUUCUGGACUCGUCAGUUUCACACAGAAACAGCAGAGCUUGUGUCAAAGCGGUGAAGUGUUAUAGAUUUCUCUACGUGAAUAAACCGAUAAUCUCUGUAAGAAAUGUUUUAGAAACCUCGCUCUGAUAUAAAACUCUAAAAUCAAUGUUAGUGAGGGAGACCUGAAUCAAAGCGGGGAUCCUCUCUGACUCUUGGUUCUGGUUGGUUCACAUCCUGCAGGUACAGAUCCAGCCACCGACCUACGCGGCACCGGUUUCCUGGGACUGAUGCACACUCUGUACUUCGUGAUGGACCCAGAGACCCUACCGCUGGCCAGAGACAUCUACAAGUUAUCACAACACCCCACACAGGUACAGUAUCCCCGGGUUUGAGGGAGGAACCGUUGUUUGAUUGACGCCGAGCGCAGCAGGGAGUAAAAUCUCUUUUUCUCUGUUUCAGAACUUUCCAUUCAGUGUGAUGUCAAUCAACAUGACCCGCAUCGCUCUGCAGGUACUCAGAGAGGAGGCCUUGUCCAAGUGAGUCAGCCCUUUAGUUUAUCAGCAGCGUCCUGAGGUUGUUUGUUCAUACGUGUGUUUUCUCACUCUGACGCCUCUUCACCGUCCAAUCAGGGAGUGCAAUCGUCGUCAGCAGGUUGUUGGUGUGCUGAAUGAGUUCUACGUUGCCACUUAUCUGCACCUGUACCAACUGUGGAAGACCCAGCAGAAGACCAUCGUUGACUCUGGCUUUGUGCUAAAAGGUAAAGAGAAAUGAAUCGAGUUUGUAAUCAUCUAAGGACGCAGCACCCGGCUGAAUAACGUCUCUCUAAGAUCACCUAACAGCUUAAACAGACGGACAUGACCAUUCUUAUCCAACUUUAAAAUGUUGCACUGGUCCUUUAAACCAGUGGUUCUCAACUGGUCUCACUCUGGGACCCACAUUUUCCCAUGGUCCUUAAGUCACGACCCACUUUUAUAGAAUUCAAACCAAACAAAUUAAUUUUUUGUGUUAAAAAAAUCCUUUAAAGACUCAAAUCUUUAACACAAAUUCAACCAUUUUAUUGGGUAAAGUGCAUUUUUGAGAACAUGAACUGAGGACGACAACGACUGACGUUGCAUAUAAAGAAAAUAUCAAAUAUUACAUAAAUAUCAAAUUGCACAGAAUAAGCUAUUUUUCAAAAUAAAAGACCUGUCAAACAUCAUCUGUUGGCGGCCCAUCCAGAACGUGUCCGCGACCCCCUUUUGGGUCGGGACCCACCAGUUGAGAACCACAUCUUUAAACUGUGAAUCUUUGCGUCUCACUCAGCAGCAGGUCACAGAAACAGACUCGGACACAGACAGACGGUCGGUCCUCUCGCUGUGAAUCUCUCUGUUUUUUUCUGACCCCUCAGAAGUGGAGCUGUUUGCCAAAAAGAACCCCAAGCAGAUGCUGCGCCGACUAGAGGUCUUCCUGAAAGAGAAACGGGCAGGUGGGAUCCCCCGCGGGACGUCGCCAGACCCUCAGGCCCAGCAGUCCUCUCCCGGCCUGGGGGAGCGUGGGGCCAGAUCCGGGACGGGGGGCAAGGGGAAGGAGAUGCACUUCACCGGAGUGUGUGAUCUGCCGCCAGACAUGGAGGGAGAGGCCAGACUCAUCUAA